AUGUAUUCCCUGAUCAUCUUGGUUUUGUUUCUUACAAUAAUAUGUAAUUAUAAUAAUAUUCCAGCAACCGCACAAGAGGAUUUCUGGGGACAAUAUUGCGGUGACUCCGGCAACUACACACGAAACUCUGCUUACCAACAAAACCUGGACGACGUCCUCUACUCGUUGACAGGUACAAACAACGGGUUUGGGUACUACAACUCCACGUCAGGACAAGCUGACGCAGCCGCCCUUUGUCGUGGAGACAUCGAGCCAGAAACUUGUAGGCGAUGUGUUGACGAUGCUACUCGGAGGUUAAGACAAGUUUGUCCUGUUCAAACCGAGGCGGGCGGAUGGUACGAUGCGUGUCUGUUAAGCUACUGGAAUCGUUCCACGGGUAGUUCUAGCCUUGCUUACCUUGGUUUUAACAUAAAUAAUGUUUCGGAUUCCGGUUUUGUUGAGUGGAAUCGAUCCGUCACGAACUUGAUUGGAGUGCUGCGACCCGAGGCUGCAGGAGGCGGGUCGUUACGGAAAUAUGCCUCUGGGAACAUGACAGUUUCGGGUUCGUCUAUGACAAUAUAUGGGAUGAUGCAGUGUACUCCUGAUAUGUCAAACACUGAAUGCAAUGAUUGCUUAGGUGUUCGGAUGAACAUGAUUCGACGAUUCAAUACAAGUGUGGGAGCAAGGAGUUACACGAAUCGCUGUCUUAUUCGGUAUGAGACGUAUCCGUUCUUCAAUUCGACUUGGUUUCCAGCCCCGCCAGCACCUUCAGGUCCAUUGCUACCAGAGUCUGAAGUCGGUUUUCGUGAUGGUUCACCCGAAGAUAGUAAGCAUGGAAGGGACGAUGACGACACUGGAGAGAUGAACUCAUUUAAUCUAGGUACCAUACUACUUGCUACCAACAAUUUCUCAAUGGAGAGUAAGCUUGGAGAAGGUGGUUUUGGUCCUGUUUAUAAGGGUAAACUACAGGAUGGAAGAGAUAUUGCUGUAAAACGGCUAUCCAGGAAUUCUGGGCAAGGUCUGGUAGAGUUCAAGACCGAAGUUCAAUUAAUUAUAAAGCUUCAACACAAGAAUCUAGUUCGGCUUUUAGGUUACUGUGUUAAAGGAUCUGAACGGCUUCUCAUCUAUGAGUUCAUGGCUAACAACAGUCUCGACACAUUCCUUUUUGAUGCUAACAAGUGUAAGGAAUUGGACUGGGCUAAGCGCGCCACCAUUGUAAUUGGAAUUGCAAAAGGUCUUCGGUACCUACACGAAGACUCACGCCUUAAGAUUAUUCAUCGGGACAUGAAAUCAAGCAAUAUUCUUUUGGACAAUGAAAUGAACUCAAAAAUUUCGGAUUUUGGCACUGCUCGGAUUUUUGGAGGCAAUCAAAUGGAAGCUGCCACCAAUAGAAUCGUCGGGACUUAUGGAUAUAUGGCACCCGAAUAUGCAAUGGAAGGUAUAUUCUCCACAAAAUCAGACGUCUACAGUUUUGGCGUGUUGUUGUUAGAAAUCGUUUCUGGACAACGAAACAACAGGUUCACUUACCAAGGCCAGCCACAAAAUUUUCUCUCAACUGCAUGGCGCUUAUGGAAAGAAAACAAAGGAGAGCAGUUGAUAGAUAAUCGCAUAACCCAGAACUUUCCCACUGGAGAAGCUCUUAAAUGGAUCAACAUUGCGUUAUUAUGCGUCCAAGAAGACCCUCAAGACCGCCCAACCAUGUCAACUGUUGUUUUCAUGCUCGAAGGUCAAUGGUCUGCGAACCUUCCAACCCCAUCAGAACCACCAUUGUCGUUUGCCAGAUUUGCUGCCAUUUCAGAACAGAGUACUACUACAACUACAGUUGAUGAUACUGUGAACCGCUCCAUCAAUCUAACCGGUUCCACCACCGCUUCUACCUAAAGAUUGUAAUAUGUGAGUUGAUGCCUAACUAAUUUGUAUGA